AUAAAUAUCGCACCUAUCUGUUGAUUCAAACAUUGCAGUUUCAGUAUUUGCAACAUGAAGUUCUACGCUCUCUUUGGAUUCGUCCUGGCCUUAUUGGCUAUGGCUUUCGCCAAUCCCAACCCCAACCCUGAACCUCUGCCCGGUGGUGGUGGCGGCGGCGGCGGUGGCGGUGGUCUGAACCUCGAACUCGGCGGAGGCGGUGGUGGUGGCGGUGGCGGCGGCAAGUAAAUCAGUGCCGCCCAUUAUUUAGCUGAAAUCAUUAAUAAUUGGCUACGCCUCUUUGGUCCCUGGAGUUUGAACAAAUUACUUUAAUAAAAUCAAUUUGACUAAAAAAAAACU